AUGAGCAUGCCACCGCCACCCCGACCCCCUUACUCUGGCCGACGAAACGGACAGGCUGUGACGCGGCCGACGACGGCUAUCCCUCAGAACCAGUCUAGCACCAGUUCCUUCUACGGCUCCCCUCCAGCACCACCACCACCGCCGCCGCCACCGCCUCCCAGCAUACCCAGGGCGUUGUCACCGGCAAGACCGCCACGGGUGGCAUAUCGGGGCUACAGCGAGGCCGAGGUCGUCGGCAUUCUGAGGUCGCUGGAGGAUGGAAGGAGGCCUAUGCGCGGCGGGGCCGAUGUCCCCAAGACAUCCGAAGAAGAUGUGCCUGUGUCGCCUCGACAGUCCACAUCGUCAGAGUCCACUCUCCCUCUGGACAUGGACGACGUGGAACUGGCGGAGGAGAAGGAUGAGGAGCCGAGACGGUCCCGGUCCUGCAAGUUUGGCAAGCCUCACCAGUGGAUCUUUACGGCGAUACUCGGUUUCAACGUGCUGGUCCUGAUAAUAGCAUUAGCGCUGACCUUCACGGGGUCGUAUCGACUGACGUACCAAGCUACCAUGAACGGCUUCACGGUCAACCUGUUGUUUCUCUUCCUUGUCCGCAACGACCACGUAGUCAACGCUCCAUUCUACAUCUUUGGUGACCAGCCACAGAAGGUGCCAUUCCGCGUCCGUUAUCUGUUUGCAAAGUAUUACAAUGUCGGAGGCAUUCACAGCGCCUGUGGAGUUGCAGCGGCUCUGUGGUACCUUUCAUACCUCAUUAUCCUGACGGUCGAGUACAGGAGGCGAGACAUGUAUCUCGGUCUCACUCCGGCGCGGAGCCACGUCUACUUUUUCACUUAUACCCUGCUCAUCGUGCUCUUCACCACUCUCGUCUUCUCCACCCCCAGACUCCGCCGGGCCACCCAGGACUGGUCCCAACUCGUCCACCGAUUCCUGGGCUGGACCAUAAUCCUGCUCAUCUGGAUCCAGACCCUGCUGGUGGCCCACGACGACAGGAGGUUCAACCAGUCGUACGGCGACGCGCUGGGGUCCAACCCUUCCUUCUGGCUCCUCGUGAUCAUCACGUUCCUCAUCAUAUACCCCUGGGCGCUCAUGAGGAAGCGCGAGGUGUGGGUGGAGUAUCUGUCCGACAACUGCAUCAAGUUCAACUUUGACUACCAGGACCUCGAGUUCGGGCAGCAGAUCUGCAUGUCGGACGCGCCGCUCAAGAAGACGUAUGCGUUUGCCGUGCUGCCGAACCCCAAGAAGCCGGCGGACCCGCCGCCCAUCGAGAUCAUGCCGACCAUGCUGAGCCGGUCCAACACCACGGCCAGCAACGCCAACCACAACAACUACUCGACCUACGCCGCGCGCCUGCCCACGCCCGUGAGCAGCAUCUUCGAGAGCGGCAUGGCCAAGGGCGACGCCCCGACCGAGCCCACCGUCGAGGCGCUGCAGGCCGCCGCCCGCGACCGAUCCGUGCUGCGCCGCUACCACCAGCACCAGCUGCAGCAGCUGUCGCCGCCGCGGCUGUCCCACGCCGGCGAGCCGGGGUUCUCGGUGGUGACGUCGUCGCCGGCCGGCGAGUGGUCGCGCAGCAUGAUCGCGGCGCCGCCGGCGCAGCUGUACACGGUCGGGGUGCCGCGGUUCGGCGUGUCGCGGGUCGCGGCCAUGUUUGAGCCCGUCAUCGUCGUGGCCACGGGCUGCGGCAUCGUCCCCUGCCUGUCGCUCUUCACCGAGCGGCCCGACCACCUGACCAGGAUCAUCUGGGCGGCAAACGGCCCGCUCGAGACCUUUGGCGAGGGCGUCGUCGAGACGGUGCUGCGCGUCGACCCCGACGCCGUCAUCUGGGACACGCGGAGGCUGGGCAGGCCGGACCUGGUCAAGCUGGCCUGGAAGGCCUGGAUCGACAGCGCAAAGGAGGACGUGGCCGGGCCAGGCAUGAGGAUCGUGCCCGUCAGGAAGGCCAUGGGCCAGUGCGAGGCCGUAAUAGUCGUCAGCAACCGACGAGUCACGGAGCAGGUGGUGGAUGGACUAGAGGCCAAAGGUGUGGCUGCCUUUGGAUCAAGUUACGAGUCGGAGUCAUGA